AUGUUUGCUGGUGCAUUCUCCUGCUUCUCCAAACACGGAAUACUCCUAAUCUAUAUUGUCCACCAAAGUGUGGGUGAGUCUCUGUUGAUCCACAAGACAGUGGGGGACUCAGUGGAGCUGCCUGGUCCCUCACACUUACAGGAGUUUGGUGUAACAUCAGUGGUGUGGAAAUAUGGAAAAAGAUAUGUUGCAGAAUACUAUUCAGAUGUUAAAUAUUUACCAGGAUCCCCGUUGGAGGGGAGACUAGAAAUGAACUCCAAAAACUUCUGUUUAACAGUGAAAGAUCUCAAACUGCAAGACUCAGGGACCUUUUUUGUGACUGGUGAAUGGGCCAAAGGUCAGAUUCCCACUAAGACCUUCACUCUGAAGGUCCACGAGCCUGUCUCCAACGUGGUGAUUAUUGAUAAGGUCCAGCUAUUGGCCAACCAAUCCUGUUCAGUUCAGAUGAUGUGCAACUCAUCUGGCAGCUCCAUCCUCAACUAUACCUGGAAGAGAGGGAAUGAGACAUUCAGGGGCAACCAGCAGAUGCAGUUCCAUCUCUCACCAGCAGAGGGACCCAUCAAUUUGACAUGCAACGCCUCCAACAUAGUCAGUGAGAAAUCUACUUCUACUACAGUAAUAUGUAGUACAGCCACAGUCCCUCCAGGUUCUCUGGUCUCCAUCUCUCUGUUCAGAGUGCUGUGUGGUCUACUGGUGGUGUCUCCAUUUCUACUGGUGUCCAUCAUACUGAUGUUGAAAUAUUGCAGGGCUGAAGGUUUGUGUUCAACAGUCAAAUCUCCUGAAGAAACGUUACAAUGUGAUGAUGUAAUCAAACAGACUGAAUCAUCCUUGUGA